AUGACGGAGACCCCUCGAAGACGGAGGCGGCCUGCAAUUUCGUGCACCCUGUGCAGACGCCGCAAGAUACGUUGCAACAAGGAAUCGCCUUGCAGUAAUUGUGUUCGCUCAAGAAAUGCACUAUGUGUGUACGAGACCAAUCCACACCCAGUGCCUGGCCACCACAUUGCGAUUGCGCCUGCACCGGGCGCCCAACAUGCUACCUCACUACCUUCGCUGAGCUCUGACACCGCCUCGAUAUCGAACGAUCAAACAUCGAUAGAGCUGGAGUCUAUGAAGCUAAGAAUACAGGAGCUAGAGGAACAACUUUCUCAAGUCAGCACACCAGCCUCCUCAGCACCAUCGGUUACACCAAAAUUUGUGAGUUGGUUACCUUCGCACAGUACAGAUCAGAUAAAAUCUACGCUUGGAGGAACAUUCGACGUGAUCCAAGAAAGUCGACUCUUUGGCCAGGCUCAGGCUGUCGUCCGCAGUGUUGCCCACAAGAACCGGGUAUUUGGGCAGAGCCACUGGAUCUCAAGCUUUACACUCUUCCGGGAUAUCAUCGAGAUGAUCGAACCCCACAUGAGGAGUAAAUCCUCGAAGUUACUUUCUGACGUACAGCGAGCGAAAAUGUUGGCGCGAACAAUCAAAGCACAGCGCGCACCGCAGUGGCCGACAGCACCCACAAAGGACAUACCUCCCCAAAAUGUCUGUGACGUGCUUGUGGACGGCUACCUUCGCACGAUCGAGACACUGUAUCGCAUCGUACACAUACCCACAUUCCGCAAGGAAUACGAAGCUAUCUGGGAGACUGGCUCACAGCCCAGCACCGGCUUCAUGGUGCAGUUGAAGCUGAUACUGGCCAUUGGUGCAACGCUAUACGACUCAACGUUUUCCAUGCGCAUCAAAGCCACCCGCUGGGUCUACGAGGCGCAAUCUUGGCUCAUGUCACCAGCCUUUAAGUCCAAGCUUGGUAUAUGUUUCUUGCAGAACAACAUUCUCAUACUGCUCGCCCGCGAGCUCGUCGACGUUGGUGGCGAGCUAAUCUGGAUCUCUGCUGGCGCUGUGGUGCGAUCUGCAGUAUACAUGGGCUUGCACAAAGAUCCAGCUCAGCUACAAAACAUGUCGACUCUCGAUGCUGAGAUGAGACGACGGAUCUGGAACACCAUCCUUGAAAUCUCACUACAAUCCAGUCUCGUUUCUGGUGGGCCUUGCUUCAUCUCGCUGAAGGAGUUCGACACGCAGCCGCCUGGAAAUUUCAAUGAUGUUGAUCUGGACGCAUCAAUACCCACAGCCAUGGCAUCAAAUUACUACACCCAAAGUUCCAUUGCAAUAGCUCUCAGACAAACAUUGCCAGCUCGCCUCACCGUGGUGAAGUUUCUCAACGAUCUCUUCUCUGGUGGAACCUAUGACGAAACGCUUAGACUAGAUCGCGAUCUCCGUUCGGCCUACAAAGACCUACGGCACAAGUUUCAAUCAUACUCUACUAAUGCAGGGCCAACGCCUACGCAGUUUGAGCUGCAAGCAGUCGAUUUCGUCUUACAUCGCUAUACGUCGUCUCUCCACGUACCGUUUUUCUCGGCAUCAUUGCAUGAAGCUACAUACGCAUAUACAAGGAAACGUGUGGUCGAAUCGUCGCUAAAGCUUUGGUCACUAGCGGGCUCAUCUCGUGCCAUCACCAGCAAUCCAUCGUUUCCAUAUACGGAAGGAGAUCUUCCGCGACUUUGCAGGUGCGGCUCUGGGUUCUUCCGCGCUUUCGCCUUUCAAUCAGCCUCUCUAUUAAGUGUCGAGCUACGCGCUUUGCAUCGAGAGGACAGCAUCAGCGAAGUCAACGUACGGCCUGAUCUUGUCAACAUAGUCGAAGAUGCCGCAGACUGGUACCUUCAUUGCAUCAGAGCUGGUGAGACGGGCAUCAAAGGAUACAUGCUACUCAGCAUAUUGUCUGCGCAGAUUGACGCGCUCGAACGGAACGUCAGUAAGGAUGAUAUGCCGCCAAUCCUUGUCAAGGCAGCAGAGGAUGCAAGUGAUCGUUGCAUGCCAUUGCUUGAGGAGUUGGCGGGGUACAAGCAGACUGAAGAUGAAGCUGAUCCUUUUUUGAACAUGGACUUCCAGCAGUCAGCGGGCUUUUUGGAGGACUGGGAUACGUUGAUGGCGGAUGUCUUCAACUUUGGAGCUGGAGCAUCUUUCGAAGCAUUACUAAUCUGA